ACUUUCUAUUUUUAUGGUAGUUCUAACCGGACCGUUAGAAUUGUUUAUUGUUCAAUAGGGACCUGUUUUUGUCUGUACAGGAAGUGAAGUCCGUCUUUUCCGUUUGUAACCGGGCGCAGUUGAGCACGCGUACCGCGUACUGUGUUUUUCUACGGCAGAUUGAAAUAUAAUUUCGAUCAUAUUCUGCCCAUACGAAACCGGCGAUAAUGAAACCCAUUCUUCUGCAGGGCCAUGAGAGGUCCAUCACUCAGAUCAAAUACAACAGAGAGGGAGAUCUCUUGUUCUCAGUAGCCAAGGAUCCAAUUGCUAAUGUUUGGUACUCUGUCAAUGGAGAAAGGCUCGGCACUUAUAAUGGACACACCGGUGCCGUCUGGUGUGUGGAUGUUGACUGGGACACAAAGAACGUCUUGACUGGAUCUGCUGAUAACAGCUGCAGGCUCUGGGACUGUGAGACAGGAGAGCAGCUGUUUAAGCUGGACACCAGCUCGGCGGUGAGGACGUGUGGCUUUGACUUCAGUGGGAACAUCAUAAUGUUUUCCACAGACAAGCAGAUGGGCUACCAGUGCUAUCUCAACUAUCUCGACCUGCGAGACCCCCAACAAAUUGAGGGGAACCAGCCAUAUCUGUCUGUUCCCUGCAGUGAAUCAAAGAUCACCAGUGCUGUAUGGGGUCCGCUGGGAGAGUUUGUGAUCGCUGGCCAUGAAAAUGGAGAAAUUAACCAGUUCAGUGCUAAGUCAGGAGAGAUUCUGAAGAAGGCAAAAGAGCACACCAAACAGAUCAAUGACAUCCAGUCAUCUGUGGAUCUCACGAUGGUCAUCACUGCCUCCAAAGACUGUACUGCCAAGUUGUUUGACUCCACAACACUUGAUCACAUCAAAACCUUCAAAACAGAGCGACCUGUUAACUCCUCAGCCAUCUCGCCCAUCAUGGAUCAUGUGGUGAUGGGAGGUGGUCAGGAGGCUAUGGAAGUCACAACCACCUCCACUAGGAUCGGCAAAUUCGAGGCCAGGUUUUUCCAUGCGGCUUAUGAAGAGGAGUUUGGCCGUGUGAAGGGACACUUCGGCCCCAUUAAUUGUGUGGCAUUCCACCCAGAUGGGAAAAGUUAUAGCAGUGGAGGAGAGGAUGGUUACGUCAGAAUUCAUUACUUCGAUCCCCACUAUUUUGAUUUUGAGCUUGAGGCGUAAUAACCAGUGACCACCAACAUUCCCAACAUCCAAGACAGAUCACCAUUUGGACACACUAGUAACACCUGAUCGACUACGCAAGGCCGUAUAAAACUCCAUGCUUGGCCACCUUCAUACAAAUAUUGCAUUUAAAGCAUUUGAUGCAAUGUGUAUUUAAAGAAUUUAGCAUUCUGAAUAAACUGGGUUUGAGAUAUAAAGUGGCCUGUUUUAUUACUUGUCUUUAUAUACAUUGGUGCCAUCACUGUAGAAACAUACUGAUAUCGGCAUGUUUGGUUUAACUAAUACAAGGUACCCAAUAAAAUAUUGGGUAUUGUGAACUUACAUCAAAAUGUUUUUCACCUGCAUUAAUUUGGGUUAAUUAUAUUAGUUUAUUACACAUUAACAGGGUUAUUUCACCUGAAAAUGAAAAUGUUACUCAGCUUCAUUUGGUUCCAAAUCUGUAUUUAGUAUAUAACACGUGCAGAACACAGCAGGUCAGUGCUUUGCAUUGGGUGGUUCUUUGUCUCCAAAUCAUGCAUUCAAAUUUUAAAAUUAAAAGUUUAAUGCACAGCUAGCCCUGGAUUAUCCCUUGUGAUACACACUGGUAAAAACAGUAAAAUAUCUUUCACAGCUAGCUUCAUGAAACUUUGAAACCUUUACAAAUAUUUAGUUUCAAAUUGGUGGUUAAGGGUAUAUGUUAAACUGGCCAAAUCAUUUGAUUUAAGGACACGAGUCUUAAUGUUUUAAAAACCUUUCAAAAUUUUCCUGGUUCGCUACUAAGGGGUGUUGAUCUCAAGAUGAAAACGUUACCAGUAUCUAUCUGAUCUUGGUUCAGUUUGUUAGCAGAUGUAUGGCCUGAGUUCAUGACUUAGAUUUCUUAUAGAUAUAUAUAUAUAUUUUGUAGGUUGCUUCAUUUAUAUAUAUAUAUAUAUGAAGCAACCUACAAAACAUACAAAAUGAGAAAGUCAGGCCUUUAAAUACCCCGAGACUGUCAUGGAAUUGUAUUUGUGACGUCAUAAGGGCCUUAUACCGAGAUUAAUGCGUGACCUGGUCCUUUUGAAUGAUAGCAUGCAGAUCUAUGUUCAUUCUAUUUUAUAGGCCUAUAGGUUACAAAUAAAACAUGUUUAAAAAAAUAAAAUAAAAACUAAAGCACGCUUUAAGAGUGUUAACUCUUGACUACUAUGGGGACUACGGCCCCAUGACUACUGCUUCAAAACGUUCGUAAUGAUUGACAGGAGGACUAAAUGAUUAGGCUGCUCUCGAACGUAUGUUUGAAACUUCAUCUAAAAUUAUACAGAAAUAGAUAUGGAUAAGAAAAUCAAAAGUAUUGUUACACUUUUGGGUUGUCAAAAGUUUUUGGAUCAUGCUAAUAAUUAAUGUGAUGUACUGUCAGAAUAAAUGUCAAUGUUUCAUUGUGAAAUAAUUUUUAAAAAAAUUAUCAAAAUGUAAGAUUUUCACCAAAAAAAAAAAAAGCUUUCUGAUGGGCAAAAAUACAUGCAUAGUAUUUUCCAUCCACAUAGCAUUUUAUAUUUAAAUACAAUAAAGAAUUCAUUGUUAAUGAAACACUGCACUAAUCUAUGUUGAUGAACUGAGCCAUAAUGUAAAGUGUUAAUGUUGGAUGCAUUGUUUUAUUUGCAAAUAUACAACCUAUUGUGAUGAUCACUGAUAAACUGCAUACUUAAUUUAUACUAAGUAUGCAGUUUAUCAGUGUUUCAACAAGUAUACACCAGAGUUUUAACAAGUAUAUUGCGUUUGUGCAAGAUUAAUGAAAUCCAAAUGUCAGAGAGUUUCUCUUUAUUUAUCAAAGUCAUUGUUAUAAUAAGGACAUUUCACAACCACUGAACUCUGGAACUCCAAACGGCUAUAUCUGGUCAGCCGUCUGACUGACCUGCUAGCGUAACAACAACAGAAAAGAAUCUGGAAUCUAACAGUAAUACAGCAAGCCUUUGCCAUGCCCCACCCGACAGGGGGAAAAGUUCAAUACAGAGCCAUCCAAGACAGACACCUUAAUAAAAACAAACAUUUAGCGCUUAAAAACGAGGUAAAGGACACUGUACUCAAACAGCAUCUGCAGAGAAAACUAAAUAAGAGCGGCCAAUAAGUGUCAAUCCAUGAUUUAAAAAUUCAAAGGGGAGAGCUUCCCAUGAUGGGAGAGAAAGAUAUGCGCUAUCUCUGGUCCUGUUUGAGGUGCUAUUGUUGGUAAACAGUAACAUAAGUAUUAAAGGUGGGAGGCAAACAAACAUGGUUCCAAAGCACAAAAAAAAAAAAAGGGGGGGGGGGGGGG